CGUCAACAGAUCCGAUUUGCGUAUAAAAAUACUUAAUUUCGCUCGUAUCAUAAAUUCGCUUUUAAUAUUGUGAUACUAUAUAUAGAGAGAGAUCCCAAAACACAUUGUUUAUCAUGAAAAAAUAAUUACUAGCAUCAUGAAUUCGAAUGUUUUAUAUCAGUAGCUAUUUAUGAAAUCAACAUUUCGUUUAUGUCCUACAAUCGAAUGUUACUUGACAAUAUUUCGUUUUAUGGUGUAUAUAAGUGGACUAUAUAUUGGAAUUGAUAGCGAGAGGUCAUUACGUAAUCUGGGUAAUACAUGGAAUAUGUUUACAUUCAAAUCUAGCUGUGCCACGACUGUUGAUUACACACAAUGUGUGUGCAUGUUGAUAGGCAUGUGUGCAUGCCUCUUGCCUUUUAGCUUAUAUAACUUGUAGCGUGUAUAGGAAGCGUUUAAAUCUCACCAUAAAGUAACGAAUCCAACAUAUUUAUCUUGUGACCUUUAUUAAGCAAUGGUAAGUAUGAAUUGUUUGCAGUGCAAUUUUAUUUUGUACGAGGGUAACAUUAUUGACUAUUUGAAACUCCUUCCGGAUAACGCGUAUAAGACACCUUAUAUGUGAUGGAAUGGUGUGUGUAAGUGUGGAUGGUGGCAGUAAUUUAUUUCUCAGUACUUAAACCUGUCUAACGCGCCACAUAAUCUCAUCACAUGAAAUGCGCCUUGCCUUGACUGUGUUCUGUCUAUAGUACGCAAAGCAGGAGGACGUAACCAGUCCAUUUAUGACACGGAAGUUUUCAAUACGCGUGCGCAAACACGACCCCGAGCCAUAGCAACGUUUCAACAAUUUGCUGUCACUUGAUUGUGUGACUUGGGAAAAGUUUGGCUACAAGGCUAAGCAGCAACACCUGAAAGGUAGUGAUAUAGCCCAAAUAUCACAAUGGCUGCAGCAAGUGUGUCACAGAGAGUUGAAGACAACCUCCGAACAUUGGCACAGACAAAGCGUAUCCGGGUUACAGAAUUCUUUCAGGACUUUGACAAACUGCGUUCGGGGUACAUUACAGAACCACAGUUUUUCCGCUGCCUGUGGCAGACAUUGGGUGUUCAGCUAAACCCUGAUGAAGAAGUAGCUUUAGGGGAGAAGUAUGACCUCUAUCGAAGUGGGCGGGUCAACUACAAGCACUUCUGUCAGGAGAUUGAUGGCACAUUCAACCCAGGGGACUUGACACAGAGGCCAGCCCCCCAGCAGCCACUGGAGUUUCUCGGCACUAUCCGGUCAGUGAGACCAUUGAGCACCGAUUCCGAGACACGACUAGUGGAGGUCUUGAAGCACAUGAUGAAAUUCUAUGAAUACCAUGGCAUCAACUUGAGAACAUGUUUCGAGGAUUUUGACCGCCAUCACAUCGGAGUCAUCACAGAGAGCCAGUUUUAUCGCAGCUUUCCGGGCCCCCCUGAUGUGUCGGAAGCAGACAUGAACUUACUGGCAACAAAAUACCGUGACCCUGAGCGUCCCGGCGUCAUCAACUACCUCAACCUCCACAAGGACAUCACUUCCCUACAGCAGGUGCAAGCACAGGAGACCCAGCUUCCUCCAAUGCCCCAGAUGUCUUUCAUUGAUUUCACUCCACUUACGGUGAGUGCUGACCCCACUCUGAACCAGAUAUUUGACAGGAUCCGUGUCGCUGUGUACAAGAGCGGCAUCAGAACUAUAGAGUUCUUCAAAGACCAUGACAAGCUGCGGAGCGGGGUGAUCACAGAGAAUCAGUUUGUUUGUGGAUUGGCACUGGCAGUGGGAAAGGAAGCCCAGCUGUCUCGCCCCGAGAUACAGAAGGUGGUUGAGUUCUACCGCCAGCCUGAUGGAAGGAUCAAGUACAAGGAAUUCUGUGAUAUCAUGGAAAAUGCAUUUAACAUUCCUGAUCUGGACAAAAAGCCGACCCAAGAAGCUGUGAGACCACCAAAGGGAGCCUUGUCCAGGGGUUUGAAGGCACUGAGUGAGAAGGAAGACCAACGUGUGGAAAUGGUGUUGCGUGAACUGUCGGACAACGUGGCGAGCCGACGUCUAAUGAUGUACCCCUACUUCAAGGACUACGACAGGGGCAUUGCCUACACUCGAGUCGUGACCAAGACACAGUUUGGGCGUAUCCUGCACUUCCUAAGUCUCAAUGUGGCGCCUGAAGAUCUCAAGCUGUUGUGUUGCAAGUUUGAAGAUCCCACCAGUGGGGAUGUCAACUACCCUGCUUUUGUGCAGGCAGUGGAUCAAGAGUUUGUGGGACACACCCUGGAGAACGUGAAUCUCCAGGAUGAGGAGCGUACCAACCAGCCUGUCCCUGAUCAACCUGUGCAGGAAAGUGAGGUCAGCUUCGAGGACCUGAUGGCUCGCAUCAGACACCAUGUUCUCACCAACAGGCUGAGGGUGAAAGAGUACUUUGAGGACUACGACCCUCUCCAGAGCAACUGCAUUAGCAAGAGUCAGUUCCGACGGGGCCUCGGCCUGCUGGGGUUGAGCAAGCUUGGGGCUCAUGACCUGAUAGAUGGCCAGUUUAAGUUGUUGUGCGACAUCUACCAGAACCCUGCCAAGACAGACCAGGUGUACUGGACACGCUUCAUGGACGAUGUGGAGAGUGUUUUCACAGAACCGAAUCUGGAAAAGAGCCCCACGUAUAAAGUUCCGCCCUCAGAGACAUUCCGGGUACCCAAGCCAGGCAGCAUCAGUUGGGAGACUGCCAGCGAUGACCACAAGAGCUUGUAUGAAGAAACCAUGGAGAGAUUGAGACAGAGAGCUGGGCAGCGCAGGCUCCUGGCUAAACCAGUGUUCCAGGAUUUUGACAGGCACAACAACAACCACGUGACCCGCUCGCAGUUCCGACAGUGCCUCACCAUGCUGGAACUCCACACCACAGAGGCCGAGGUUGCAGCUCUGGAGGCCAGGUUCUGUAAUGAUGUGGGAUUCAACUACCAGGCAUUCCUGGAUGAGCUGCAGCCCCCAGUACCGCCACAGCUCAUGUACGUGGAGAGACUGAAGACACUACGACUCACCAACGAGAAGGGCAAACUCCCCGAACUCAAUCCUGCUGGAGACUUGGAGGAGGUCCUACUCAAACUCAAGACAAAGGUGUUCAAAGCCAGACUCAGGGUGUUGGACUUCUUGAAAGACUAUGACAAGCUACGGUCAGGGCGGAUGUUGAAGACGUCAUUCCGCCGUGCUCUGGACCUUGCUGGGUUUGAGUUGAAGGAGUCUGAAGUGUCCAUGUUGGAAGACAAGUACGAGAGCCGACGUGAUCCUGACUACAUUGACUACCUGGCAUUCUCGGAUGAACUGGAGUCCAUCUUCACUGUAAAGAACCUGGAGAAGGCUCCACUGCAAGAAACAGUCCAGUUCCAGCCACCAGUGGAGUGGGAGCUCAACUCUCUCCCAGCAGACAGCGAGGCCAAGUUUCAGGCUUGCAUGGCCAAGGUGGCAGAGAAGGUACGCAAGCACAGGAUGCAGCUGUUUCCCUUGUUUGAGGACUACGACCGUGUUCACAAUGGAGCCGUUUCCCGAUCCCAGUUCCGCCGAGUUCUCACAGAACUGGAGCUGGGCAGCAUGGUCAGUCAGGAGGAGUUCCAGCUUCUGUGGCAGAAGUUUGACAUCAAGAUAGGCGGCAAGGAUGAUGUCAACUACAUUGCAUUCUGUGACUUCAUCUACAAACUCGCCGGCUUCGAACCAAGAAAACCCUAGAGUGACAUCAAUUUACAAAGGAAACUUUUACAUGUGAUUGUUUUUCACAAGGAAAGAAGUAUUAUUUAUUGACUAUCUAAUGAUGGUCAGGAGAUGAACUAUGUUUGUAUAUAACCAUGGAGAUGUGAUGUUUGAGUAUCAGGGAUACUAUCCAUACAUCUCAUGUAUGCUGUUGUCUCAUUCCUUACAUAGUAAUUACUGCUGCCGCCAGUUUUAAGGCUUUUUGUCUCACUAACUAUCCAGUAUUCUAAAUACUUUAUUGUCUCAGUAUUCAGGAUUUGCUGACAUUAAUAAGUUUAUCUCAUGUCUCAGGAUGUCGUCUCAUUUGUACACAGUAUUCAGAUGUAAAUACAUUUUAUAAAUUCUUUGGAGUAUUUUGCCUUCCAGACAGUACAGGAAGUAUGAUUUUAAUGUCACAUUCCGAUCACUUACCUGUAUAUUAUUUUAGUUCUUGCAUAGUAUUUAAAUAUUGACAAUAUUUUAGAUAUUUUAUCAUGCACCAGUGUUUAAAAUACACAGACAUUGAUAGGGUUUACUUUAUGUCCUUCAACAGUAUUUAAAACAUGUUGCCAAGACCCGGUUCUUCUGCUUGUUUAAUAUUCUGUGAACAGUAUUAUAAACAUGAAGCCAGAAGAAUGUCAGAGUUUGUAAAUUUGUCUGACAUUCAGUAUUUAUCAAACCAAAACCAAUAUGAGAUAUUUCAGUGUGAAGUUUCUACAAAUUAUUUUCCACACCAUUUAUCACAAAGAGCAUUAUGAAAAUGUUGCUUGACUGCAAGGUUGAUAUUCUAAAUAUUUUAAUACAUUGUGUUAAAUUAUUUUAUUAAACAUAAUACAUGUCUCAUUUUACACAUUAUUUUACAUAUGAUAUGCCUGUGAUUGAUGUUCCAGAGAUGUUUUAUCUAUAUUCCAGCGGAAGUAUUAAUUGUUAUGGUGUUUCAAUAAUUAAUUAUUUUUAUAAAUCAUUUCAGCAUUAAUGUCAAUAUUCCGUUGUUCAAUCACAGUGGGUACAGUUUGAACAUGGAUAAACUUGCCGACAGCAGUUAAAAUAUGCUGCACAAUAAUAAAGUUAUUGACAUGAGGCUUGUGCUUGUGGUCCAGUAUGCAUCUCCAGAACCUUGGAAGAGGUGCACAGCCCUUUGUUCAGAACAUACAGUAUUAGAAUGAACUGCUGAGUAGUGCUCUACCCCGUUACUGGUUUGCUUUAAAACUGAUGAUUACUACAGAGAUAUAGAGAUGUACAUAUUUCACAUACAUGGUUUAAAAUAAAUUUUAAUAUACAAAUGUA